AUGGAAGCAGCAGGCAUUACCAGUCAUUCUGCGGAGUCCAUGCGAAGUCAUUUUCGUCAAGUGUUAUGCGCCCAGUUACCAAAAACCUCCUUGGACAGCGUUGGCCAACGACCACCUAGAAGCAGACGUCAUGAAUACACGGAAAGGGAAGAUCGGGCCAUUAUUGAUUAUAUUAUACAAAACAAAUGUUACGCUGAGGCAAGCACUCGUAAAUUUUGGUAUCGCUUGGAACGUGAACGGUUGACCACCCAUUCUGCUGAGUCAAUGCGCAAUCGGUUUCGACGUCGUCUUCUGCACCGUACCCUUGCAGAAUUACGUUGUUUGCUUACUUUCGAAGAGUAUGAAGCCACCGUGCACCUUUUGAUCCGUCCGUCAGCGCAGGCGCGAUCAUUGUGUGGACAGUCAUCAUUAGACUUCACUGAUGACUUCAACAUUAUAGAAACUACCACCGAAGAUGGUACUGAUGUCUCUCAUACUGUUUUGAAUCAUUCUUCCGGCGGCACACUGUCGGGAUCACGAACAGAUGACUGGGGAAAGUUGUCUCAUACAUCCAUUUCGCACUCAACUCCUCACAAGAAACCAAUCAACUCCAACCUAGGAUUCCAAGUUAAUGGUUUACCCCUCCCAGGUCCCUCUAUCCGAGCAGUUUCUCCUACACGUUUGCCACCCAACCGUGAUUCCGAUAACACACCAUCCCCCAUCUCCCCCGGCCCUCCAUCCGCUCCUGUCCCGGACUUCGUUCGAGAAAUUAUGCAGUUUUCCAAAAUGGUCACCAGCGAGAUCGAAGUUUACGUUUUGCUCCGCAUGACAAACGGUUCAGUGUUAGAAGCUAAGAACUUCCUACAAACCGGAUUCCGACGUCCUGAUCUACCUCCCUGUCAGAGUCCACCUCUUUGGACAUUAGAUGCGGACACACAAUUGGCCUCACACGAUCCGGACGUGUUGCGUCGAGUGAUAGAUCGAUUCGGGGUGAACGAAGUGUGUCGGCGCAUAGCUUUCCUCUCGGAAACAUGA